UGUAGUCAUGUACAAUACUCCAUCACACUACGCACCCCUCUGAUGCCGUCAAAAUAACAUCGUACCAUUCGGAUUUUCAAAUCCUACAUGAUGACUAGAAAUGAGAGAAAUUUUGGUCUGAAUUCGAUACUCCAAAUCCAAACCAAUAGUCUUUGGAGAGUGGACAAAUAAUAAACUCAAUUCGCUGUUAAACUCUCACCGCGUCUUCUCUGUUUCCCUUCGAUUCAAUCUAAAACCUCACCCAAACCCACUAUUAUGACCGGUGGUGGAGGUGACGCCCCAUCGAUGCAGCCGGUGGCGAAUGGCGGAGAAUUUCUGCUCUCAUUGCUUCAAAGGCCUAAUCAACAGCUCCAAACGCCAUCACCAACACCACCAUCACAGCCUCAACGCCCCAUUCCCAUCUCAAUUACUCCGCCGCCACCUGCACAACAAUAUUUACAGCUGCAGCAGCAGCAGCAGCAGCAGCAGCAGCAACAACAACCUCAACCUCUCGCUCUCGAUCCUGCUGUUGCAGCAGUGGGCCCUAGUAUCCCUUUCGCGCCGCCUCUCUGGCAAUCAAACGGCCGUGAUAUUCUUACUCCUCCUUGGCCGCACAAUCUUUCUGCUCCUCCUCCUGUACUGCCUGGUUUCCUCGGGUUCCCCCAAAACCCUUGGCCUUCUCAGGGAAUCCAAUUGCAAGCAAAUCAACAAGGAGUCCUGGGUGAUGAUGUUCAGAGAUUAGGGUUUUUAACUGCCGACGUCAGAGUUAAUAAUACAAUUCAUAAUCUUGUACAUCACAAGCAGCAACUGGAGCAAAAGCUACAGUUUGGCUCGUUUCGCAGUGAUAUCCAACCCGCUGAGGGUUUAUUAGAUGUAAAUUCAAAGCUCAGUGCAGCAAAGGAGCUGGAAGUAGGAUUGGAGAUCAGAAACUUGAACGGAUUGGAAAGGAAUCCAAAAUUCGAUCCACAAUUUAGCUCGAAUCCAAAAAAAAUUGAUUUGCGUGAACAGGACCAGAGAGCAGGCGGCGUUUGGGGAAAGCAGCUCCAUGGAGGGGGUUACAGGUCGCAGGAAACUCGAAAGCCACCUCCAGGGUUUUCAAGUAAACCAAGGGGUGGAGGAGGAGGGGGAGGGAAUUGGAAUUAUGGGCAUAGGAGAGAGAGAGACCACACUUUGAACAAGGGGAAUCACGGUGAAUUGAGUAAUACGAAUGCGUUUAUGAGUAGUGAAGGUAAGAGUCUAAAGGAUGGUAAUAGUUCACGAGAUUUGGGACUCACUGGACAGCUUGAUCACCCAGGGCCACCUGCAGGGAGCAAUCUCCAUUCUGUUUCAGCAUCCGACGUUGAAGAGCCUUUGUUAAACAUGGAGGCUGGAAUGAUUGAAGAUGGGAAGGAUGAAGGUCACGAAUUGGAUGAUGUUGGUGAAGAACUCGUCGAUUCUUUAUUACUUGAGGGUGAAUCUGAUGGUAAGAAUGACAGGAAGCAAAAUCGGCAUUCUCGUGAGAAGGAGUCUAGGUUAGAUAACAGGGGACAACGGAUGCUUAGCCAAAGGAUGAGAAUUCUUAAAAGGCAGAUGGAAUGUCGCAGAGACAUUGAUAGACUAAAUGCUUCUUUUAUUGAAAUUUAUGAGUCAUUAGUAUUGCCACAGGAAGAGAAGGCAAAACAGAAGCAAUUGUUAGCAGUAUUGGAGAAACUAGUGAACAGGGAAUGGCCUCAAGCUAAAUUGUAUCUUUAUGGUUCAUGUGCCAAUUCAUUUGGGGUUUUGAAGAGUGAUAUUGAUGUUUGCCUUGCCAUUGAGGAUGCAAAUAUUAACAAGUCAGAAGUGUUGUUAAAGUUGGCAGAUAUAUUGCAGUCUGAUAACCUACAGAAUGUGCAGGCAUUACCACGGGCUAGGGUUCCCAUAGUAAAACUUAUGGAUCCAGUGACUGGAAUCUCCUGUGACAUAUGCAUUAACAAUGUUUUGGCUGUUGUAAAUACCAAGCUUCUAUGGGAUUAUGCACAAAUUGAUGUGAGGUUAAGGCAGUUGGCUUUUAUAGUGAAACAUUGGGCGAAAUCAAGAGGAGUUAAUGAAACUUAUCAGGGAACUCUAUCUAGCUAUGCGUAUGUUUUAAUGUGCAUUCAUUUUUUACAGCAGCGGAGACCUGCUAUUCUUCCAUGCUUACAGGAAAUGGAGCCAACAUACUCGGUCACUGUAGAUGACAUCAAAUGUGCUUAUUUUGAUCGAGUGGAAAAACUUCAAGGUUUUGGAUCUCGUAACAGGGAACCAAUUGCUCAACUGGUCUGGGCUUUUUUCAAUUAUUGGGCGUAUCGUCAUGAUUAUGUGAAUGCUGUUGUAUCGGUUCGCACAGGAAGCAUAAUCAGUAAACAGGAAAAGGACUGGACAAGAAGAGUUGGGAAUGAUCGUCAUUUGAUAUGCAUAGAGGAUCCCUUUGAGACAUCUCAUGAUCUGGGUAGAGUGGUGGACAAGCAUACCAUAAAAGUUUUAAGGGAGGAGUUUGAACGUGCUGCAGAUAUCUUGCAGUAUGAUCCAAAUCCUUGUGUAACGCUUUUUGAACCAUAUGUUCCCUAGUUGAUUCUGCUUGAAUAAGCGUAUUAGAUGUAAUUAUGGCUUUAAAUCAUACUCAGCUUGUAAAAGUCCUUGUGUUAUCUCCUUUCAUUUUUGUUUAUAUGCUUUUGGGCUUUAGUAUUAAAAGGAAUUUCUGGUCU